UUUAAGUCCUGGUCACGUGACCUGGGUGUCGCGAUCCACGCUUCGGAAGCUGGACGCUGCUCACUGCUGCAGGUCUCCUGCCGUUUAUGGUUUACACGCUGAAGGAGAACAAACUGAGGAGCAGAGGAGACAAAAGGAGCGCUGACCGCGAUCACUGCAGCUCUUUUUAAAGGUCGACUUUAUAAUAAGAUCUGCGCAUCUACAACGUUGUGUACGGCUCAUUGUGUGGAGCAGGAGGAGAAGAGUCUGACGGAGCAGCAGAGGAACAUUUUCAUCCACCUGGACUCAGCUGAGCCACUACAGAGGAAACAAUGAGUUCAACACAAAAGGACCAACAUGGACUGAGAAGUCAGCGCUCUCAGGAGGCCGACAAACCUCACAGAAGAAAGAGAGAGAAAACAUACACCUGUGGCGAGUGUGGGAAGGAUUUUACUGUAAAGUCUAACCUAAGAAGACAUCAAGUGAUCCACACUGGAGAGAAACCGUUCAGCUGUGACUUGUGUGGAAAAUCUUUUAGUUUGAGGAAUACCUUAAAGACACACAAACGCAUUCACAGUGGAAUUAAACCAUUCAAGUGUAACCUGUGUGGAAAGUGUUUUACUCUAAAGAAUAACCUAAAUAGUCAUACGCUCAUCCACACUGGAGAGAAACCAUUCAGUUGUGACUUGUGUGGAAAACCUUUUAGACAGAAGAGUGGGCUAAAAAUUCACCAACUCAUCCACAGUGGAGUUAAGGCUUACAAGUGUGAUCAGUGCGGUAAAUCUUAUACUCGCAAUGAUGCCUUACAGACUCAUCAAGUUUCCCACUCUGGAAUUAAGGCGUACAGCUGUGACUUUUGUGGGAAAACCUUUAACAACCUUGGACGCCGAAAUAAACACCAACGCAUUCACACUGGAGAGGAUGUGUACUGCUGUGAUCAGUGUGACAAAUGGUUUACAACAUAUGCACACUUACAAAUCCACAAAAUUACCCACACCGAAGAAAGAUCCUAUAAAUGUGACCUGUGUGAGAAGGCUUUUAAAUAUCCACAUUCCCUGAAAGAACACCAACAGAUCCACACCAGAAAGAGACUCUACAAGUGCAGUUACUGUGAGGACCAACAUGGAGCGAGAAGUCAGCGCUCUCAGGAGGCCGACAAACCUCACAGAAGAAAGAGAGAGAAAACAUACACCUGUGACGAUUGUGGGAAAGGCUUUAGGCACAAUGAAAGCUUAAAAAAACACCAGCUCAUCCACAGUGGAGUUAAAGCGCAUACUUGUGAUAAGUGUGGGAAGAUAUUUGCUUUUAAGGCUAAUCUAAAACUUCAUCAGGUCAUCCACACUGGAGAGAGACCGUUCAGCUGUGAUUUGUGUGGAAAGUCUUUUUCCUGGAAGUGUUCCCUAAAAGAACACCAACUCAUCCACAGUGGAGUUAAAGCGUACAGCUGUGAUCAGUGUGGCAGAGCUUUUACUCAAAGUAGUCAACUACAGAGCCAUCUAGUUACCCACUCUGGAAUUAAGGCAUACAGCUGUGACAUCUGUGGAAAAACUUUCAGCCAGAGAGGGAACCGAAAUAGACACCUACGCAUUCACACCGGACAUGAUGUGUACUGCUGUGAACAGUGUGGCAAAUACUUUGCUACAGACGCACAGUUACAACGACACAUGUUUACCCACACUGAGGGACGACCUUAUAAAUGUGACCUGUGUGAGACGACUUUUAAAUCUCCACUUAGCCUGAGACGACACCAACAGAUCCACACCAGAAAGAGACUCUACAAGUGCAGUUACUGUGAGGACCAACAUGGAGCGAGAAGUCAGCGCUCUCAGGAGGCCGACAAACCUCACAGAAAAAAGGGAGAGAAAAAAUACAGCUGUGACGAUUGUGGGAAGGAUUUUCUUUCAAAGGCUAAUCUAGAAAUCCAUCAGGUCAUCCACACUGGAGAAAGACCUUUUAGCUGUGACUUGUGUGGAAAGUCUUUUUCCUGGAGGGGUUCCCUAAAAGCACACAAACUAAUCCACAGUGGAGUUAAAGCGUACAGCUGUGAUCACUGUGGCAAAACUUUUACUCACAGUCCCAACUUAAAAACUCAUCUACUUACCCACUCUGAAAUUAAGGCAUACAGCUGUGACAUUUGUGGGAAGACUUUCAGACAUAUAGGGAGCCGAAAUGCACACCUACUCAUUCACACCGGACAUGAUGUGCACUGCUGUAAUCAGUGUGGUAAAGUGUGUUUAACAGGAAAAGCCUUAAAACAGCACAUGUUUAUUCACUCUGAUGAGAGACCUCAUAAAUGUGACCUCUGUGAGAAGACUUUUAAAUCUAUGCAUUACUUGAGACUACACCAACAGAUCCACACCAGAAAGAGACUCUACAAGUGCAGUUACUGUGAGAAGCAGAGCGACACAGAUGGAUCCAGUUCUCAACCCUGUCAUCACUGUGGGAAAGCAUUUCGUUGUGACAUUUGUGGAAAAACAUUCAGUCGACAAGACUACCUCAAAGUACAUCAACGUAUACACACUGGAGACAAAAUUAAAUGCUGCAGAGAAUGUGGUAGAGGCUUCCCCACAUCACGUGACUUAGAACGACAUGAACUCAUUCACAGUGGGGUUAAAAUGCACGUCUGUGACCAGUGUGGGUCAUCCUUCACCCUUGCAAGUGGCCUUAAAAAACACAAACGUGUCCACACAGGAGAGAGACCAUACAAGUGCAGACACUGUGACAAAAGCUUCUCACAAACAGGUAGUUGUAACAAUCAUGAACGUACACACAUGGAAGAGAACUUCAGCUGUGACCAGUGUGAUAAAAGCUUCAGAAGUCUCAGUUCAUACUCCAAACACAAACGAUCCCACGCUGCAAAUAAAGUGUUUCACUGUUACCAAUGUGCCAAAACAUUCACUUCAUUGUCUGCUCUUUGCAAACAUCAGCGUGAUCAUCCAGGAGUGAAAUCACUCCCAUCUCUGGAUCACAGUGAAUCUGCAGAGACAGAAAGAUCCUCUUCUGGUUUCAGGGUCAGACUUAAAACCCUUGAGAUCAGGCUCCACAGAGUUCAGGUGGAAUCUCUUGUAAAGAUCUGAUGAGGCAGCUAUGAAUGAAAAUGUGCCUCUUGUUACAUUUUAAGCUUUCUGAACUGUUCUACUGUAGUGUUCGUGUUGAGUGGUUAGCUUUGUUCCAGCAGUUGGAUGAAGAAAUUUCUUUCCUGUUAUCAUGUUUUA